AUGCCCUCUCCAAGCCCGCUCAACAAGCAACGCCCAGCCCCGGUCCCACCCGCCGGAUACACCCACCCGCCCGCCUUUGUACCUAGUAAAAGAUUCGUUCGCUGCGCUGUGUAG